GUUAUGUACGCCAUGGCAGAUGAAAACACUGAAACUUUUUUUUGAAAAUCAAAAAACGGAGUAAAAAAAAAAAAAUACAAAUUUUGUUCAAUUAUUAUAGUUAAAUAUAAUAGUAAAAUAUUGUAAUUGCAGUGUGUUUUAUAACGAAAGAGUGAAUUAUAUUUUUCAUUUUAUCAUAAUUAAACAUGGGUGUACCAGCAUUUUUUCGAUGGCUAAGUCGAAAAUAUCCAUCGGUUAUUGUUGAAUGCAUUGAACAAAAGUCAGUAACAAUUGAUGAUACUCAAGUACCGAUAAAUUCAGCCGAACCGAAUCCAAAUGGAGUGGAAUUUGAUAAUUUAUAUCUUGAUAUGAAUGGGAUAAUUCAUCCUUGCACACAUCCUGAAGACAAACCUGCUCCAAAAAAUGAAGAUGAAAUGAUGGAGGCUAUUUUUGAGUGCAUUGAUCGAUUAUUUCGCAUCGUCCGACCGAGAAAAUUACUUUACAUGGCCAUCGAUGGAGUGGCGCCACGAGCAAAAAUGAAUCAACAAAGAUCUCGUAGAUUUCGUGCUUCAAAAGAAACUGGUGAGAAAAUUUUGGAAAUUGAAAGAAUUCGAAGUGAUUUACAAUCAAAAGGAGCGUAUCUACCACCGGAAAAACCAAAAGGCGAACAUUUUGACAGUAAUUGCAUCACGCCGGGAACUCCAUUUAUGGCAAGACUAUCGGCAUGUCUUCAUUAUUAUAUUCACGAUCGAUUGAAUACUGAUCCAGGUUGGAAAGGAAUUAAAGUUAUUUUAAGCGAUGCAAAUGUACCGGGCGAAGGAGAACACAAAAUCAUGGACUAUAUACGUCGUCAAAGAGCUCAACCGGAUCACGAUCCAAAUACACAGCACGUGUUGUGUGGUGCUGAUGCUGAUUUAAUAAUGUUGGGACUUGCGACACAUGAGCCUAAUUUUACAAUAAUUCGUGAAGAAUUUAAGCCAAAUAAGCCAAGGCCAUGCGAUAUUUGCGGUCAAUUGGGCCAUGAGAUGAAAGAUUGCACUGGUUCCGAACCAAAUACAUUGGAACAAGAGACAUUUGGUUCCGAGUGUCAAUUUAUAUUUGUACGCUUAAAUGUUCUACGUGAAUAUUUAGAGAGGGAAUUACAAAUGCCUAAUUUGCCAUUUAAAUAUGAUUUUGAAAGGGCAAUUGACGAUUGGGUGUUUAUGUGUUUUUUCGUUGGAAAUGAUUUUCUACCGCAUUUACCAUCAUUGGAAAUUCGUGAGGGCGCCAUUGAUCGACUCGUUAAUUUAUAUAAAAAGACUGUAUAUAAAACGGGGGGUUUCUUGACAGAAAAUGGUGAUGUAAAUUUGGACAGAGUACAAUUAAUUAUGUCCGAUUUGGGUAAUAUGGAGGAUGAAAUUUUUAAAAAACGACAACAGAAUGAAUUGGCAUUCAAGCAACGGGAGAAAAAUAAAAAACGAAGAAUGGAGGCAAUCAGUAAUUUUAAACCACAAUGGGUUCCUUCUGGACAAUUUGCGCCUGUUGCUCUGGGAAAAUCCGUGAAUCCAGUACAAAAUGCAAGACAAGAGGCAUAUUUAAUGAGAGUUGAGGGUAGAAAUUAUAAUACAAAUGCAGCGGAUCGUGCAUUAAAAGGAAUAGAUGCUAAAACUGCUCUUCACAAUAUGAUUGUUCCUGAGGAUUCGGAUAAAAGGGGCCAAAAACGUAAAGCUGAUGAAAUGCAAGAGGAGGAGGACGAUCAAGCUCACGAUGAGGUUCGAUUAUGGGAGGAUGGAUUUAAAGAACGAUAUUAUGAAUCAAAAUUCGAUGUUAUGCCGGAAAAUUUUGCAUUCAGGAAUAAUGUCGCUUUGCAAUAUGUGCGCGGACUUUGUUGGGUCUUAAGAUAUUAUUAUCAAGGUUGCGCUUCAUGGAAAUGGUAUUUUCCAUAUCAUUAUGCGCCAUUCGCGAGUGACUUUAUCAAUAUCGGUGGCCUCUCCACGGAAUUUGAAAAAGGAACAAUUCCGUUCCGACCUCUGGAACAAUUGAUGGGCGUAUUUCCAGCAGCGAGUAGUAAACACGUCCCUAAACCUUGGGCAAAAUUAAUGAGCGAUCCGAAAUCGUCAAUUAUCGAUUUUUAUCCAGAAGAUUUUAAAAUUGAUCUCAAUGGAAAAAAAUUCGCUUGGCAAGGUGUUGCUUUAUUGCCAUUUGUUGAAGAGAAACGAUUAUUUAAAGCCUUGGAGCCUUAUUACGAGUGCCUCACUGAAGCAGAAAAGCGACGUAACGUGAGAGGCGACGAUAGACUUUACGUGGAGCCAACAAAUUCGCAAUUCAAUUUUAUAAAAGGUCUUUAUACAAAUAAAGUAAAAAGAGAUGAGGAAGUUGAAGUAUCAAUUGAUGGAAUGCGAGGAGCUGUUUUAUUGGCGGAUGAUUGUGUAAAUGAAGGUGGAACACUUCCGUCGCCGACAAAUUUGGGUCUACCUGUUCGUGGCAAUCAAGUUUAUUGUGUGAGAUACAGAGAUCCAAAGUACCCUGAUUCUUAUAUAUUCCCAGCGAAAAAAUUAAAAGGCGCUGUAGAACCGCCGCGAGUGUUGAAACCACAAGAUUUUGAACAAAUGAAUCGAAAUACCGGAAAUCAAUGGAAGCCACAAAUUGGAUUCACGCGUUCGAAUCAAGUCGCGUCACUUGGUGCUGCUGGACAUCGAAUGCUGGGCCAUCAUACAAACGAUAACAGAGCUCCUGGUGUUUAUGGACAUGUACCACCGCCUCAGAGUUUACAACAACAACAACAUCAACAUCGGGGCUAUCAAAGUGGAUACAGUUCCGGUUCAUCUGGCGGUAGAUAUAAUUCUCAUUCCAGUAGUGACUCGAGACAACAACAACAACAACAACAACGCGAUUAUCAAAAUUCAAAUCAACAUAAUCGUCAUGGCUAUCAGACAAAUCAAAAUCGACAGGAUUAUCGAAAUAAUCCAAGCCAAUCGGGUCAUCAGAGUCAACAACGUGGUCAACAACAACUUCCAAAUCCCUGGGCAAAUAAUUACAGUUCACAAUCAAAUAAUAAUCAACAGAAUCGAGGACAAGGCCGUGGACCUUGGGAAUCAUCAUUUUCAAAUCGAUCAAAUAAUUAUCAAUAUGGAAGGGGUGGUAACAACAAUUCAGGAGGCUAUAGACGAAGAUAAGCCAAUAAUAAUAAUAAUAUUUUUUUUUUGUUUUCAAAUAUUUUUGGCGUGCAAUUUUUAUUUACAACAAUUGAAUUUCAAGUAUAUGAAGUUAUUCCUUAUAUAUUAUAUAAAUAUAUAUAUAGUCCGAGAGAG